AUGACCUCGCGCCUCGCGCCUCUCGCACGCGGGGAAGAUCUGCGCGAUCCAGCGGUUGAGGGAGAACCAAACCGGAAUCGAGAAAGGACACCUCAAGGGAAAAGGAGAGCAACCGCCCGGUCAACCGGAAAUUAUUUACUUGACCCUGACGAACGUGAUCGGAUCCUGUUUCCCGCUGUUGAGAAGCGGCGAAGCAGCGAAGCGGCGCACUACGCCGGUCACACGAAGAAGGUUACGAGGAAUGCUAUUUUGGUUGAUGAGAUUUUUGUUUUGGGGAAUAUUAAUAUUGUUGGGCCACUGACAUUUAGAGGUGAGGUUGCGUCGGAGUAUGUAUGUUGCUGCGAAGAGUACGGUUAUUGUGGCGUGUGCUGCUGCUGUUGGGCUGGGGUUACUGUGGUGUUGCAGGUGUACUAUGUGGGAGUUAACAGAGCGAGGGAAAGGGGGAUGGAUAGUGGAGCUGAGGGCGAUGAAGGACUUGCGUUUGCUGAUGUGACGGAUCGCAAGAAUAAAGCGUUCAGGUAUAGACUGAGGAAGUGCAUGGAAGGAGAGAUGCAGCUUGGGAAGGGUGUCUUUUUGAUGUAA